UUCUAUCAGAAGGACAUGCUCACAGUUGAGCUCGAUCAGGAGAGAACAAGAUGAGACUGACGGUUGCAGCGAUUGCACUGUGCCUGGUCGCACUGACCAGCGCAGCUUACGUUCCUGUAGAAAAAUCGGUAACAGGAUUUAAAUAUGCUAACAAGGAGUUUCUGGUGAAACAGAAGUUCUUCUUCGAAGUGUUCCGCAAUAUCCAUCUACCUCUCACGUUCGAGGAAUAUAUGCCAUAUACUAAGACAUGGGUGUUUAAUGAAACCAAAUACACGAAUUACAAGGAGGUUGUCGAGUUUUUCGAAUACUAUAAGCUAGGUUUCCUGCCAAAGGGCGAAAUUUUCACCAUCUACAACGAGGAUUACAUGAAACAAACCUAUCUUUUGUUCAACUUCUUCUAUAACGCCGCUGAUUGGGAAACUUUCUACAAGAACGUUAUCUGGGCACGUGAAAAUAUCAACGAAGGCAUGUUCAUCUACGCUUUGACUAUGGCCACCUUCCAUCGUCCAGACCUCAAGGGCAUCGUAUUGCCUGCAAUUUACGAAAUCUAUCCAUAUUAUUUCUUCAAUACCGACAUGGUCCACAAGGCAAUGUACAAGAAAUUAUAUGAACCUAAGUUCGGAUUCGUGAGCAAUGGCAAAUACAAUGUAGUGUACUCCAACUUUACCGCCACCUAUCCGAUUGACUAUUUCGGAGAAGAUAAACUGAGCUACUUCACGGAAGAUAUUGGUCUCAACUCUUACUACUACUACUUCAUGAUGGACUAUCCAUUCUUCGUGGGAGAAAGCAAAUUCAACUUGUUCAAGGAUCGCCGUGGAGAGCUGUAUUUGUACAUGUACCAACAACUCAUCGCCCGUUACUAUCUGGAACGUCAAGCCAACUUCUUGGGACCAAUCGAAGAAUUCAGCUGGGAUCAACCAAUCAAAACCGGAUAUUCGCCAAAACUUAGCUACUGGAAUGGACUGCCUUUCUACGGACGCAACGAUUACUAUUCGCUCCCUAAAGAUCAGUACUACAAGUUAGACAAGCUUAAGGACUAUGAAGCCAGAAUUAGACAAGUGAUUGACCAAGGAUACAUGUAUCUGGAUGAUGGAACUAAGAUUGAUUUCCGUAAGCCAGAAUCGAUCGACUAUCUUGGAAAUUUGGUAAGCGCCAAUCCAGACAGCUACGAUACGGAUUACUACAAGUACAUCGAGUUCUUUGCCCGUCUUAUGUACAGUGGAUCGGAUUACUUCUACAGUGGUUCAAAGGUGUGGCCAAGCGCACUGAUGCAUUUCGAAACAUCGAUGCGUGAUCCGUUCUUCUAUCAACUGUAUUACAGAAUUCUGAGCUACUACUGGCAAUUCAAGAGCUACUUGCCAUACUACACUUUUGAUGAGCUGAACUUCAAGGGAGUAGAAAUCAAGAAUGUAGCGUUUGACAAACUGAUGACCUAUUUCGAGUACUUCGAUGCUGACAUCAGUAACGCUAUUCCAAUGGGCUUCUCGUCGGACAAGUUCUUCGACUUCUCUAUUUUCGCUCGUCAGAAGCGAAUCAACCAUAAGCCAUUCACAUACACCAUGGACAUCUUCUCCGAAUUUGCUGGCAAAGGUGUGGUCCGCAUGUACAUGGGACCGAAAUUCUACGACUUCAAGCAACUGGAGUACCUGAAGAAAUACUUCUUAGAAGUUGAUCAAUACGUGUAUGACUUCGUCGUUGGUAAAAAUACCAUUGUUCGUAACUCUCGUGAUUACUACUGGAGCGUCCGCGACCGAACCACUUACAGUGACUUGUACAAGAAAGUCAUGAUGGCAUGCAAGGGACAAGACAAAUUCGUUCUAGAUAUGUCUGAGGCUCACUGUGGAUUCCCAGAUCGUCUGCUCCUACCAAAGGGUCUUCCUAGCGGAUUUGAAAUGACCUUCUACUUCAUUGUCACACCAUACUACGCUCCUAAGGUAGAACAAUUCUCCACCUAUGACUACUCGUACAGUUGCGGAGUUGGAUCUGGUUCGAAAUACAUCGAUGAUUUGCCAUUUGGAUUCCCCUUCGACCGCGAGAUCAACUUCACCUACUUCUUCACCAAGAACAUGUACUUCAAGGAUGUGCUGGUCUAUCACACUGACGAUAUGAAGCUAAAUCAGUCAUUCUAGAGUGCCACCAAAAGAUGAUAUAAACCAUGCAAACAUAUUUAUGACGCUAUGAUAAGUGAACUGAAUAAACCAAAUGGAUUUAUUUAAAAAA